AUGGGAAUAUCUGGGCUUUUACCCUUGCUGAAAUCAAUCCAGGUUCACCGACACCUCUCAGAAUUCGCUGGCCAAACAUUGGCAGUGGAUGCUUACGUCUGGCUUCACCGGGGAGUCUAUGCCUGCGCCACCGAAAUAGCCACUGGAAAAAACUCUACAAAGUAUGUUGACUACGCUAUGCAGCGUGUUCGCUUACUGCGUCAUCACAAAAUACAACCUUACAUUGUGUUUGACGGCGGGCCACUCCCGGCCAAGACGGGCACCGAAACUGAGCGCAAGCAGCGGAGGGAAGAAAACCUUGCAAAAGCAAACGCGCUGGCAUCCCAGGGAAGACACAAGGAAGCUCGGGAAUACUUUGUAAAAUGUAUCGACGUAACCCCUCAGAUGGCGUACCAGCUUAUUAAAGCACUGCGCGCAGAGAAUGUGUCAUACGUAGUCGCGCCAUAUGAAGCUGACGCUCAAUUGGCAUAUUUGGAACGCGUUGGUCUUGUGGAUGGCAUCAUCACCGAAGACUCUGAUUUGCUUGUCUUCGGAUGUCGAAAGGUGCUCUUCAAGCUGGACUCCAUUUCAAGUACUAUUGUCUCAAUCUCGAGGGACGACUUUGGAUCCGUGACUGCUGCCGAAGGGGGCAUAUCACUUCUUGGAUGGUCGGACGCUCAGUUCAGGGCUAUGGCUAUCCUUAGCGGAUGUGAUUAUUUGCCGAGCAUUCCAGGAGUUGGGCUGAAGACUGCAUGGUCCUUGCUACGGAAGUAUAGGAGCGUAGAACAGGUCGUGCGUGCUACAAGGCUUGAAGGGAAGAAAUGUGUGCCGAAAGGGUAUCUAGAGGCAUACAAUCUGGCGGAGAAGGUGUUUUUGCACCAGCGCGUUUAUUGUCCCCUGGAUGAGAGACUGGUCAACUUGACGGGUAUUCCUCCAGGAGUUGAGUGGGGCGAUAAAGAGGAAUCGUAUAUCGGAGGGUAA